GGAUCUGUUGGUAUUUCUUAACAUGCCCUUUAAAUAUGAGGGCACUUCCAGAUCGUUCAUGACGGUGGUCGGCCUGCUAGCAGCUGUUUCUGAUUAUCAGCACGUCUGUAAUCUGUCGUCCCCUUGAAGAGGACCAGGACUCAUCUAAAGAAAGAUUAAAUUGAUUUGUUUAUUUUACACUAGAUGUAUCAGGAGUAUUCAUUCUUGGGUGGAAAGAACAGAGGUGACCAUCUAUAAAGACAUUCAUCUUUCCUUUCUCAAACCUAGCAAGGAUUGCGGACACAACUGCAGUGAUUCAUCCAUCAAUUCAAGCUUUAUCGUUGAAGGAGACAGAUUUCUUUUUGUCAACCGGGGUAAUAAAGAGUCCAUUUUCACCAUCGGUCUGUGGAUUAUACUGACAACAAGUGAAAGAGAAGCCAUCUGUCUGCAAACGGCCUUGCGUCCGCAACUCGACCCUGUCAGAAAAAAGGAGAGUUCAAUCACCUGUAUCCUGCUGAGGUGUCAACGUACCUGCUUCAACUCUUCAACAUCCACACCAGUAAGAAAGCAUCAACAGUCUGACUCUAUUCCAGAUUGUUCAGUCUGGACCUUUGAUCUGAGACACUCGACCUCAGGCGUUAAUCACAGAGAACAUACGAACAGAACCACAUAUCAAAGUGAAGCUUCUGCUGAAGCUCGGAGGACUCUGAGGCUCUGUGACUGUCAGACCGCCUAGUGGUUCUGGCAACUAAUCCCACAUCCUAAAAGAAGAAGAGGCAGCAAGUGUUCUCAGGUAAAGAGACAGCCAAGCCUUUACCUAUCAGUCUACAGAGAGACAAACACACCUGUCUGAUCUUUAACAGACACCUGUCGGAUCCACAACUGUUAAAGGCUCUUCUGACUAGUCAUGGCUGACUGGAGUCUGCUGGGAAACUUUCUAGAAGAAGUCCAGGAACAUUCCACCUCGGUAGGAAAGGUGUGGCUCACUAUUCUUUUCAUCUUCCGGAUCCUGGUCCUGGGCACAGCUGCCGAGUCCUCGUGGGGCGACGAGCAGGAAGACUUUACCUGCGAUACGGAGCAGCCCGGUUGUGAGAACGUUUGUUACGACCGAGCAUUUCCCAUUGCGCAUAUACGCUACUGGGUGCUCCAGAUAGUGUUCGUGUCCACACCUUCUCUCAUCUAUAUGGGACAUGCAAUGCACAGCGUCCGCAGAGCGGAGAAGAGGAGGAAAGAACAGGAAGAUGGAACACAAAGAGAUGGAGAUGGAGAAAAGUACCCAGAAGAAGACAAGGACUCUGAGGAGGAGGACGAAGGUGGAGGUGGGAAGGUGCGAUUGAAGGGUGCUUUGCUACAAACGUAUGUACUUAGUAUCCUCAUCCGCACCGUAAUGGAGGUGAUCUUCAUCAUAGUCCAGUACCUGAUCUAUGGAGUCUUCCUCAACGCACUCUACGUGUGUAAGGGUCCUCCGUGUCCGCAUCCCGUCAACUGCUACAUCUCGAGACCUACGGAGAAGAACGUGUUCAUUGUGUUUAUGCUGGCGGUAGCCGCCGUCUCUCUACUGCUCAGUGUCGUGGAACUGUAUCAUUUGGCAUGGAAGCAGUGCAAGAGGUGGUUGCAAGAAUAUAAGACUAACAAACAACGACCGAACACGCCAUCCACCAUGGCUGCAGUCUCACCAAACUCAUCCACGCCAAACCGAGCCUGCACACCACCUCCCGACUUCAACCAGUGCCUGACAUCGCCACCAUCUUCCCCUACUAUACAGACACACGCACACUCGCUUAUACAUCCAACCUGCCCACCCUUUCAUGACCGACUGGCGCGCCAACAAAACUCAGCAAACAUGGUUACCGAAUGCCACCGAAGUCAAGACUACCUAGGGCUCAACUUCUUGAGCUUCUCACAAGCACCUACAGAGAUGCCCAACUCGUGUGCUUCGCCUUCAUUUCUAAGCAGCGAAUUUGAUGAGGACAAGCGAAGGUUUAGCAAGAGCAGCGGGACCAGCAGCCGCAUGAGACCGGACGACCUUGCAGUAUAGCACUAACCAAUCACAUAUGGAAAAGGGUCGUCUAGUGUGACUUGUCAUAAACACGCUACAUAAUUUUGCACUUGAGCUAACUUAUCUAUGUUAUUGCUGACGAAAAGCCUCAGCCAGAAUAUCAUAAGGAGAAUCAUUGAACUUUAAAAAGUCAACAAGAAAUCAAAAUGGAAUUCUUCAUACAUGUUCCUGGUCUUACUACGAACAGUGCGAUGGUGCACGUUAUUCUAAAUAAAUAAAUACUAAUCUUCAUAAUCGUUAUAAAUUCUUAUCACCUCUGAAAUGACUUUCGUUCACUGCAUUUUGAUUUAGCAUUGGAAAUUGUGUCUCUGCCUACUUUUCCCUCACAGAAUUUGUUGACUUUACCACAAUUUCACUUUAAAGUUAACUAAUAAUGCACUGUUGAGAUGAUUUUCCACUGACUUUGGAUUCCCCCUCCCUUACUGGCAAAUGAGAAGUUAUAGGUGAUUUCUUUACGUUUAUGAUGUACUUUAUAAAUUUGCUGAUCUGAGCAGCAUGUAAAAUAGUCUGCUGAUAAAUGGAAAAUAGACGUAGAGCUAACUAUCUGACAGACAUUUUGCAUUUUGAACACUCACUGUGACUGCACAAUCCACUUUGAUUGUGAAAAAAGACAAUGGAGAGAGACAACUGUGACAUGUAAUAUUGCAAAAAGGAAACAUUACUGUGAAUAUGUCAUAACAGGCAGAAACAAUUCCAUCUAAUUCAACAAAAUCCAAUAACUCCAACAGUGAAAGUGUGAUUUAAAUUGUGAAAAUCUGUGGUGAAGAGAUCUUCAACUAAAUCCAAUUGUGCAUAUUACUGUAUGCCUGAAAAUAUGAAAGAAUGUAAAACAAUGUUAUUUCAUUUUCUUUUAACUUGUGUAAUUUGUUAACCUAUAUUUGUAAAAACAGGUUGUUUAAUGUUAUUAAUGGACAAUAAAGUAAAGAUAAAUGUUGCGAAACCUAAAA